CACUUCCCUUCCUCACCGCAGUCAAUUCCAAAAACAGCUGGUAUCAGAAAGGAACUCAUAUUUUCAAUCUCAGACAGGAAAAAUACAUAGUUACGAUUCUGCAUAAUCUGGGGGGGUUGACACGACAGUUUUUGAGCCGCGGUGGGCGUCAGAAUGCAUUAGACAAGGUGAAAUCGAAGUGAAAGAGGUGGGUGGAGGCUUUGCUAGUGAGACUGACGGAGAUACAGUGCAAGUACUGUUAAAUUCCUGGAUUUUUUUCCUUCGAAUCUUCGUUACGUCUCAACUGGUGAAAUGGCACUGAGGAAAGUCAAAGGGAACUUUGAACGAAUGUUCGAUAAGAACCUGACGGAUCUGGUGCGGGGCAUCAGGAACAACAAGAACAAUGAGGCGAAGUACAUUGCCCAGUGCAUCGAGGAAAUUAAACAGGAGUUGAGGCAGGACAAUAUAGCUGUCAAGGCGAAUGCAGUCGCCAAACUGACAUACCUCCAGAUGCUGGGCUACGACAUCAGCUGGGCUGGCUUCAACAUAAUCGAGGUCAUGUCUUCUGGAAAAUUCACGUACAAGAGGAUCGGGUAUCUCUCUGGCAGCCAGAGCUUCCACAUGGACACUGAGCUCCUCAUGUUGACCACAAACAUGAUAAGAAAGGACUUGAAUAGUCAGAAUCAAUACGAUGCUGGUUUAGCUCUCAGUGGUUUGUCCUGCUUCAUAAGUCCAGAUUUAGCUAAGGACCUUGUUAACGAUAUAAUGACACUUCUGACCAGCACGAAGCCGUACUUGAGGAAAAAAGCAGUGUUGAUGAUGUAUAAAGUAUUCCUGAGGUUUCCUGAGGCCCUCAGGCCUGCUUUCCCCAGGCUCAAGGAGAAACUCGAGGAUCCUGACAGUGGAGUUCAGUCUGCUGCUGUCAAUGUUGUUUGUGAAUUAGCUAGGAAGAAUCCUAAGAAUUACCUGAGCCUUGCCCCCAUUUUCUUCAAACUCAUGACAACUUCUACGAAUAAUUGGAUGCUUAUCAAAAUUAUUAAAUUGUUUGGCGCAUUGACACCGCUAGAACCUAGGCUUGGAAAAAAACUUAUAGAACCUCUGACCAAUUUAAUACACAGUACAUCAGCAAUGUCGCUCCUCUACGAGUGCAUAAACACCGUAAUCGCAGUGUUAAUCUCAAUUUCCUCGGGUAUGCCAAACCACUCCGACUCCAUCCAGCUCUGCGUGCAGAAGCUGCGAAUUCUAAUCGAGGACUCGGACCAAAAUCUCAAAUACCUGGGUCUCCUGGCCAUGUCGAAGAUCUUGAAGACCCACCCGAAGAGUGUGCAGGCCCACAAAGACCUAAUAAUGCAGUGUUUGGACGACAAAGAUGAGAGUAUUCGUCUUCGUGCCCUGGACCUGCUCUACGGCAUGGUCUCAAAGAAGAAUCUCAUGGAGAUUGUGAGAAAACUGAUGGUCCACAUGGACAAGGCCGAGGGAACAACCUACAGAGACGAACUUCUGUCAAAGAUCAUCCAAAUUUGUUCCCAAAACAAUUACCAAUUUAUCACUUACUUCGAGUGGUACAUUUCUGUCCUCGUUGACCUAACGAAGAUGGAGGGUACCAAGCACGGACAAUUGGUAGCAACUCAACUCCUGGACGUAGCAAUCAGGGUGCAGGCGAUAAGAAAAUGCGCAGUUCAACAAUGUGCCUUACUCCUCGAGAAUGCCCAUUUGCUGACCGGAACGCCACGAGCAACAAUGUGCGAGGUACUCUAUGCAGCAGCUUGGAUUUGUGGAGAAUUCUCAUCAGAGCUUGACGAUCCCAUAGCAACCCUGAAAUCGAUGCUCAAAUCCCAGGCCUCCAGCCUCCCCGGACACAUUCAAGCAGUGUAUGUUCACAAUAUUCUAAAGUUAGCAGCCAUGACAUUGAGCAAAGCUCAGAAGAAAAACGAUCAGGACACAAUAGAUGAGAUAUUUGCCCUAAAGGACGGUAUGAACGAGUUCAUCUGCAGUGGUGAUCUCGAGGUGCAGGAGCGAGCGACAGCGGUAUUGGUCCUGUUCGAUUACUUGAGGGACAAUCCAGCAUUGAUUGAAGAGCUUGCAGAGACCUUCGAGGGUGAGUUGAAUCCAGUGGCACCGAAGGCACAGAGAAAGGUUCCCAUUCCAGAAGGACUGGAUUUAGACUCCUGGAUCAAUGAUCCCCCUUCGGAGAGUUCUGAUGACGACGACUUAGACAUGAAUGACAUCUUCGUGAGGGGGGAAAAGGGUGGAGACUACGGUGAAAAGAAGACUGUUGAGUUGACGUCUGAGGAGCUUCAGAGGAGGAGGGACAUCAGGCGAAUCGAGCAGGAGAACAAUCCUCACUAUCUGAAGGGGACUUCCAGUCCCAAAGGUCUCCAUUAUAACGAUUGUUACGAUCACAUUCCAAUAGCUGAACUGGAUAUUCCAGUGUCCUUGAAGAUAAACUCAUACAGCCCGAAGUUCUCCUCCGACGAGAAGAGAAUAAAGGCGGUGAAGAAAAAGAAGAAGCACUCGAAGAAGAAUAAGAGGGAUAAAGAGAGCUCGGACGAUGAGCAUGAGGAUUAUCCAUCGCACUUUGUUAACACGGGCAUUGGUGAGCUACCACCUGGGGCAGAACUGAGUGACAACGAUGACAACAAUAUUUCUGAUGUCAAUGAUCCCCACAGGGCCCUUAACAUCGAUCUUGAUAUUCCUCUGCGAGAAGAUGAGAGGCUUCCAGUGCUGGAACAUCGUCCCACAGAUCCGAAGAGCAAUCCUGAUAAAUCGGAGAGGAAGGGAAAAACGUCGAAGAAGGUGAAGAAGAAGAGUAAAGAGGGAAAGAGGGAGCGCAAGGAAUCGGAUGGUCAGAAUAAUAUUGACCUCUGGCUCGGGAAUGACGUGGUGAUUCAUCAUAAGCAGAAUGAGAGCAUUGAGAAUGUCGUACCGAGUGACGAGAAGAAGAUCAAGAAGAAAGGGAAGAUGAAGAAGAAGAAGGAGGAGGACGGGAAGAAGAAGAAAAAGAAAAGCGAUGGCAAGCAGAAUAUAUCAGGGUAUGAGGAGACUGCUGGCAUUUCCACACCCUCUAAGGAAAUUCUCCCUAGUCUUGGCCUCAGUUUUAAUGAAAGUAAUGAGGAAAGUGUCGAGAGUCCGUAUCAGGUGUCCAGUGGACAUCGGGAGCUCGCUAAAAAUGAUAAGAUCAGGAUGACGGUUGAGGUGAAAGGAUUGCCACAUGAAAAUGGAAAAGUCGUUGCUUCGAUUGUUCUGAUAAACUCUGGGGAUAAAAUCGUCAAGGAUUUGGACCUGGAUGUCACAGACUCGUUGACACUGAAGCUGGUGAGGAACUUCGGAGAAGAAACUGGCAUCAAGAUCAAGGUUAAAUUGGCUCCACAAGCUACGACAGAAGUUCGUCUUCCUAUUCUAGUUAUCGAUGACACAUUUGCCCAGAAGUUGAGGGGAAGUCUGAGUUAUUUUGUCGAGGGGUCUUUGGGAAUGGUUCAGGAGAAGUUGGAUUUUGUUUUAAAAUUCACUUGCUGUGAUUUUAUGGCUGGAAAUAUACCCCAGGGAGACGUGCUGACGGAGCUUCUUGGGGGUGACCAGUUGCAAUAUAAAACGAGGAACAGUGUAGAUGUUUCACUGAAUCUUAGACAGGCGGUGGAGAUGGCAUGCCAGAGGUGCAAAUUAACACUGGUGGAGCAGAUCGAUGAUGCAGCGUCUUUAUAUGGUCAUUCGUUGAUGGGUCAUCACGUGUGCCUUUUACUCAAAAAGAAGUCAUCUGACAUGUCUUCAAGUCUUUCCAUCGAGGGCAAAGGGGACAAUAACUCACUAUUAUCCGGAAUCGUCGAGGAAAUAAUCAAGACAAUUACGAAAUAAAGGGAAGAGCUCGUAGAAUUGUAUUGAAUUUAAGAAAAUGAUCAAGAGAUAUGUUGCUCAUUAUAGAGAAUAUGAGGAGGAAUCAAUUUUUUUUUUCAUUCAAUCUGUAAUUUCUGAAUCGAAGGAAAAACGUCCUCGUUGAAGUUCACUUGAACAGUUACGUCAAAGUCGUAUUUUUAUUGAGCCAAAUGAUUUUUAUAUGGCAAGGAUUUUUGUACCUUGCGUCAUAAAAUGGUGCUACAGUUCAGUUGACACUUGAAUUGUAAAUAAUGAAAUGAUCUUUAUUCCUGUGUGCACCCACAAAUUGAUGAAUUUAAAAUAAAGAAAUUUCUUAAA